AUUGCAACAUAGAUCUUUCUAUAGCAAUUGAUAUCUCAAGGCGCAUGCAGCCAGCACCCACAGUGCUUCUGAAACAGAGGUUGCAAGCAUUCCUUCCCAGACUUUUACUCCAGAUCAAAUCGUUGCCAAAUACCAGCUGUAACGCUCCAGUUAACAUGAGAUUCAAAUUCCAAGUGUUGGCACAGAACAAACAAUUUAUCUUUGACUCUGGUUUUGAAGACUAUAAUGAAGAGAUCAUCCAGAAGUUCUUAGAUGCACAGAACAUUGUGGACACCUACCUGAAUGCAGACUUCUUGCAGGCACUUGAGGAGAAGUUCUUUAAUAUGACUUCUGCUAAAGUUAAGGUUCUGUUAGUAUUUUCAGAUGGGCUGGAUGAUUCUUUGGAAGAUCUCAGGAAAGCAGCUGACUCACUUCGCUUUAAAGGUCUUGAUGCACUUCUGUUAGUUGGCCUGGACAAUACACAGAACUUGACUGAAUUUUGGGAAAUAGAGUUUGGCAGAGGGUUUGGAUACAAUGAACCUCUGAGUGUGGGGUUUACAGAGAUUGCAAACAUCUUGCAGAGAAACCUUGAUACUGUUGCAGAAAGGAAAUGCUGUGAGGUUUUUUGUAAAUGCCUUGGAGAAAAUGGUGAUCGUGGUGUUCGGGGAAGUCCUGGAAGCAAGGGAGGUACAGGUUACAGAGGAUCCACUGGCCAUCCUGGUGAGGAAGGUGGGAUUGGGGAGAGAGGCCCAGCUGGUUUCAGUGGGACUCAAGGAGACAGGGGAUGUCCAGGUGCUAGAGGCCAUAAGGGGGCCAGAGGCUAUAGAGGAAAUCAGGGUGAACAUGGUGAGAGUGGAUUUGAUGGCACUGAUGGAGAGCAGGGCAGAAAAGGCCCCAGGGGAGAACCAGGUGAACGAGGAGAAUCUGGCCUAAGAGGAGAUCAUGGAGAUCCUGGGGCUAACAAUAAUGUUACUGGUCUUAAGGGUGACAAGGGAAACCUAGCACCACAGGGAGACCCAGGCCCACGUGGACUCCAAGGAGAGCAGGGUGAUGCUGGCCCUGAUGGUGCAGCAGGUCGAAGAGGCCCUCCAGGUAUGAAGGGUGAGCAAGGAGAAUUGGGGGAAGAAGGUUUCCCAGGAGAGACUGGUCUUCCAGGCCCACAGGGCAGUCAGGGGCCCCCAGGUUCACCUGGCUCUGUUGGAAAGUUAGGUGCAACAGGAGCAAAGGGUGAACCAGGUGACCCUGGAGAGAAGGGCCCAGUUGGACCACCUGGACAGAGAGGCAUACCUGGCAUGGAUGGCAGAGAUGCCUAUGGUCCUGAAGGAAGCAAAGGAACAAAGGGAGAAUCUGGAUUAAUAGGAUAUCCUGGUCCAGAGGGAGAAGAAGGAGAUCCAGGCAGCCCAGGAGUUGAAGGACCCAAAGGAGUUAGGGGUAGAAGAGGUAAUGCUGGCACACCAGGUUCCCUGGGAGAUCCAGGGGACCGAGGGCCAUCAGGACCUAUGGGUGCCAAGGGACCAAUGGGCACCAUUUUAAUGGAACCUUGUGAACUAGUGAAUUUUACACGAAAAAACUGCCACACGUGUCCAGCUUAUCCAACUGAAGUGGUGUUUGCCUUCGAUAUGUCUGAUGACGUUACACCAGCUGCAUUUGAAAGGAUGAGGAACAUUGUUCUGUCAUUGCUGAAGACCAUUAAGAUCAGUGAAAGCAAUUGCCCAACAGGCGCUCGCGUCUCUGUUGUUUCUUUCAAUACCAACAUGCGUUAUCUCAUCCGAUUCUCAGAAUUCCGAAAAAGCAACUUGCUGCUACAAGCAGUCCAGAGCAUACCACUAGAGAGAUCCUCUGGAAAACGCCAUAUUGGGGCAGCCAUGAGAUUUGUUGCACGAAAUGUCUUCAAACGUGUUCGUCAGGGCCUCCUCACAAGAAAAGUUGCCGUAUUUUUUGCCAAUGGUCCAUCACAGGAUGAUGUUGCCAUCAGCACAGCUGUGCUUGAGUUGAGUGCCUUAGAUAUCACUCCAGUGGUUAUUGCCUUCAGUGAAGUGCCAAAUGUCAGACGUGCCUUCUCAGUAAGUAGAUAG